AACGGCCAAGUCAAAGAUAGCGUCUGUCGUGAGGGGUAUUCUAGUCAUUGUACAAGUUUCUAUCCAUCCAGUCUCCUUCGGGACAUCACCUCCAAUGCCCACCCUCCUUAUCGGUCAAUCUUUGAAGGACAUGAAACAAAAAGGAAAAAAUAUAAAAUGGCAAAUUGCUGGAAUUUACAGUUAACCCUAAGGAAGGUAAACUAUUUACGGGUUUUACCAAGUUUAACCGGAGAGAAAACCGAAUCGAAUUGAAAUACGAACCAAAGAUCAUAAAUUAGACUUAACCGUUCCCAAUCCAACUUAAACCCUCCGAUCCAAUCUCGAUUUUAACCAUCUCGAACCCGAAUCCAAAUAACCACUCAAUUUCGAUUUAAACCAAGUCUCCCCUUUAUUUCCAUUUCCCCUCUCUCUCGGGAUCCCCUCUCUCUCAACGGUUUCCCCCAAAUUCGAAAACGUAACCCUAGAACAUCCCACUCCCCUUCGAUUCCUUCGAUUUCCCUUCGAUUAUUCACCGAAAACGUGUGAAUCAUGGUUGAAACUAGGCUGGGUAAGAGAAAGGAUAGGCCUCCUCCAACGGCUCCUCCUCCGCAAAAGAGCGGGACCUCGAAGAACUCGAAGAAGAACAAACCGAAGAAGAGUUCCAAGAAGAGAAAAACGACGGAUGAGGAAUCACCGGCGGUUGAUUUUGUUGGAACCGUGGGAGUUGCGGAGGAGAAUGAAGUAGAAGAACCGGCUAAGGAUGUAGAAGAUCGGGAGAAAGAGAAAGAAGAAUCGGAGAAGGAGAAAGAAAGGGAAGAAGAAAAUGGAGACGAAGAUGAAGAGGAAGAAGAAAAUAGCGAUGAAUCUCAAGAAGAGAAAGACGAAAAUGGAGACAAAGAUGAAGAGGAAGAAGGAAAUAGCGAUGAAUCUCAAGAAGAGAAAGACGAAAAUGGAGACAAAGAUGAAGAGGAAGAAGGAAAUAGCGAUGAAGAAGUAGAGAACAAAGAUGAAGAAAAAAUCCAAGAGGAGGAAGACACCGGAGAAGAAGAGAACGGGACUCCCGAAGAGAACAGAGGUCAAAAUGAAAAUGAAAAUCAAGAACAAGGAGAACCCCCAUUGGAAGCGGAAUUAGGAAAUGUUGAUGGUGAUGGUGAAGGGGUUCUCGGGCAAGGAGAAGAGGAAUUAGAGGCAACCGAGGCAAUCAAACCGUUGAGGAUGUACUUCUAUGAGUCGGAGUACAAGAAACAAAUAAAGCUAGCGACCAAAUGUUUCGUCAAAGACGUUAUGGUUACAUUUGACAAUCUGGAACCGCCGAUGAGUGAUACUGAGAGGAAGUGGUUUGAGAAGCAUCCACAAUUCUGUCACGUGUUCCACCUGGAGAAAGACUCAAACCACAUGGUCCAAGGAAUGUGGAUGUUGCUAUUGCGGACAGUGGAUAGCUCGAAGAGGAAGGAAGUGUGGUUCAUUGUGAAUGGUGUUCCCAUCCGCUAUGGCCUGAGAGAACACGCUUUGAUCUCAGGUCUUAGCUGCCGCAACUAUCCACUUGGGUAUAAGGAGUUUGGUGAUAGAAAGUUCGUGAAGCGCCAUUUCAAGAAGGGAGAAUCAAUAAGGCUUGAGGAUGUCAAAGCGAAGCUGUUGGCUAUGGGAGAACACAGAGACCGGCUGAAGAUGAUGGUUUUGUUCUUUUUAGGAAGUGUUAUCUGUGCGCAAACGAAAGUAGGAAAAGGCGCCAGAGAUGUUUUGGAAUUCUUCCAAAGAGCUGUGGACGAUCUCGAGUUCUGCGAAAACUUUCCAUGGGGGAGGUACUCGUUUGAUUACAUGGUUAAGGAGAUAUCGCACACCAUAGAUCAUUUUGGAGGCCGGGUUAGAGAGAAGACUUUAUGGCCACUUCCAGGUUUCUGUCUGCCACUGGAGUUGCUUGCUUUUGAGGCAAUUCCCAAGUUGGGAUUGAAGUUCAGAAAAGAGGUUGAAGACGUCGAUGUAGACUGUCCUAGGAUGUGCAGAUCAGUCUUUAAAUCAGCAGGGAUGAAAGGGUUUUCACUUUCAAAAUUGAAUCGGGAACUGGACAAACUGGACAAAAUAACGUCACGGGAUAUCCACAGCAUCCUUCCUACCAAGACAGAAGAAGAAGUAGCUCUUUUGGAAGAGAUGACUGAAGAGGAGGACGACGUUGAUGUCGAUGAUAUUUCUGUUGACAGUUGGAUAAAGCGUCUUGCGGAAGGACAUUCAGUCUUUUUUGAAGAGAUGUAUGAUGUAGACGUUGCUGCGCGUGAUCCAAAUGCACAAGAGGCUGUCGACGAAGAUCAGGAUGACGAAGAAGGUGGAGAGGAAGGAGGCGCAAGCCAGAAGAAGAUGAUGGAGGAGUUGAUCAAACAAGUGAAAAUGUUUGGCACUCAGCUAAAGAGAGUUAAGAAGACAAUGGACAAGUUUGAGGAAAGGAUGGUGGUUCCGUUUGAGGCGUUUAUGAAGAAAGCUAUGGAUGAAGGGCAAGGAAGCAGGGAGUGAAGAACUCGGUUAUGUAUUUUGUAAACUCGGUUAUGUAUUUUGUGGGAAGUUGGACCCAUUAUUUUGUUGUUGUGUGGAUGUUGGAAACCUAUUGACUUAUUAGGUAUGUUGGAUGGAACUUGUUCUUGUUAUCAUGGAUGUUGCAAUCUUGUUAUCAUGGAAGUUCUUAUGAUUAUU